AUGGCCGCUGCCAGUGGCCUUUCUGACGCAGGACUCCCGGAUCCCUGUUUCGCGACGCUUCUGCAACGCGUGGAGCGCGAUCUUCUCGCUGGCGUUGCCUCUGCACCUGGCUUCACCCUCUGCUGCGAGCCAAGCGAGGAACUGCUGCGCUACUGCAGAGACCUCCUGGCCGGCGGGAAGAGUGGCAACUCGGUCAAGGACUGGCGUUGCGUGAUGAAUAAGCGCAUCGGCCUCUCCUACAAGGAAAAGCGGCAGGAAUUGGUCUGGCUCGAUGACAAGCUCGAGCAAGUGGAGCGGACGAUGGCUCUUCUAAAAGGGGAGCGCCACUUGCCACUCCGGGGCCAUGCUCGCAAGGGAGACGCAACGGGUUUGGAGAAGCUGUGCAAGAUGCUGGUCAAGAGCUCCGAGCCACUGGUUGUCAAGCCGCGUCACGGUUCCAAUUCCAAACACGUAUUCCUUUGGCCAAGACCUCAGGAGGUGGAUGCCAGCAGCUUGGAGGACAGUGUUCUCAAAGCUUCCGAGUCGCAUGACAAGUCCUGGGACAAGGAGUCGUGGAACCAGAACGCAGUGCCGAAGGGUGUAGUGCUGCAGCCGAUGUAUGCCCCUCUGCUCGACUUUCUCCAUGAGAAUCGCAGUGGCAAGGCGCCAAGCGAUCACAGCGCGUUUGAGCGCGGUGUUUGCCCAAAGUUCAUGAGGCCCCUGGAGCUGAAAAUCCAGGUGCUUUUCGGUGAAGUCGUCGGGGCACAGCUGUACUGUUGCAACAUUCGAAGGUUCCGAAUGCUGUGUGGGCAGAACACCCAUCCGCAGUACCUUUGGGUGGCGAGGGAUGGCAGCAUCCACCUUUGGGAUCAGACUGCCGAGGGCUUUCAAACGAGGCACGCGAAGGAGCCCGAGGAUUUGCCAGUUGAGUUGGUGCAUCUCCUGAGGGAGAUCCUGGCAGAACAUUGGCAGCGCCUGCGCGCCGACUCGGAAGAGAUUGCGACUUUGGCUGGCUUGGACGAGAUCCGCGUGGACUGCCAGCUUU